GAAAUUUUUUUAAUGGGUUGGACGGAAGUUCACACAGCAGCAGUGGGCUCAACCUCAAGCGGAGAGGCUAUCUCCAUUUCUGGGUUUGAACCUUGGUCGCUUUACCGAUCUGUUCACUCCAUCAGAGAGGGCUCUGAAUGAAAAUUCAUGGGUUCUACAUGUCUGCAAAGUGGGAGCCCCAUUCACGGUGCUGGAUGGGUUGGCCCGAACGUCCAGAUAACUGGAGAGACAAUGCAGCACAUGGCCAACGUGUUUUUGCGAAGAUAGCAACUGCAACAUCCAAGUUUGAGCUUGUGACUGUCUGUGCAAGUGCUGCUCAAGUUGGUAGAAAUUUAAGACGUAGAAAUGACUCAUCGGUAGUUUCCAAUGUUGCUCUUGAUGGAGUUUAACAUUUUACUCAUUGCUUGUUCGGUGGGAAAAUGCACGGAGUCAGUUACCUGAAACUAUCAGGGUCGUUGAGAUGAGUAUGAAUGAUUCUUGGUUUCGCGAUACUGGACCAACUGUGAGCUCUGCCUAUGCUUUAUUAGGGAUCUUACUUAGACUGCCUUCACAUUGAACUCUUAUUAUGAAUUAGAUGUGCUCUUGUCAUUUCCUGCUAAAUGACUUUUAUUUGUUUUACUUUUCCUAGCUGUUUGUUGUAAGUGAAAGAGAAUCAGGUUCCAAGGCACAGGAGCAAAAGGUUGCAGGAAUCAAUUGAAAUUUUAACAACUAGGGAGGUUGACGAUGAAUGCUACAAAGAUUGGAGUCUUCACCUUCUUGUGGCAAAGAAGAUCUUGGGAAUCAAGAGACUUCCUAGAUUUCCGCUCACUAUUAUUCUUGAAGGUGGAAGCAUCCAUGUAGAUGGAGCAGGGACUUGCCUUACCACUGAGGAGUGCCUCUUGAAUAAAAACAGGAGCCCACAUUUAAGCAAAGAACAGAUAGAGAACGAACUUAAGGCAUAUCUUGAAGUCAAGAAGGUGAUGAUGACACAAAUGGUCAUAUUGAUAAUAUGUGCUGCUUU